AUGCAAGUCAUGGAAGAUGAGAAUGCUGAAACAGAACAACCAAACUUGCUUCAGCAAGAACGACAAGAACGAAACGAAGGCAUCAAUAAUUUUGAUGUCAGAAGAAUUCCUCAGGAACAACCCAUGAUGAUUGCUGAUGAGGAGCUACGCAAUGUGAUUGAUGGUAGUGCUCAGCCAUUGCAGCAAGUGGGUCCUCAAGGAGAUUUAUGGCAGCGACAAGUGGAUCCCUCGGCUUCUAGACUAUUGAGUCCAUCCAAUCUUUCCCGUGUCAUGGCACGUUCGGAAGAAACUCUAAGGCGACGACCUCCUCGUGAUCAUCGUACGCGUGAAGACGAAUCGCUUUCGAUGAUGAGACGCCUCAACAUCAAUGAAGUCGAACGAACCUCAGUUCCCGAACAGCACAAUAAUUCUAUUCCAGUAGACGAUGAUGACUCGUCAGAAGCCCCCACUCCAGCCACUUGGUCUACUGUUCCAACGUAUGGAGGGACACCACCGUCAGAACGAUCACUCCACGCCGCUGCUGUCUUGAAUAAUGUGUUGUAUGUCUUUGGUGGCUACGACGGCGUUGGUCGGGUCAAUACCUUUCACGCGUAUUCCUUCCAAGAGAAGCGAUGGUCGCCCGUAUUGGCGGCAGCUCAAAGUGAGCCACCGCCAUCCCCACGAGAUCGACAUGUAGCCUUUAGUUUUGGAAACUCCUUCUAUGUACAUGGUGGCUUUGAUGGGACUUCCCGAGUCUCGGACUUUUGGCGAUUCGACUUUUCCUCCAUGACUUGGAGACAAGUGGCGGCAGUUGGGCGGUCCCCGUCACCACGACAUUCCCAUGCAGCCAUUGUUCAUGCUAAUUCCUUUUAUUGUUUUGGAGGAUAUGAUGGUUCGUACAAAUCCGACUUGCAUGAAUUUAACUUUGACACUCUGGAAUGGAGUGCGGUGCAAACCACUGGACGACGACCAAGGGCCAGAUAUCGAGCGACGACGGUGGUUCACAAGGAUUAUAUGAUAUUGUUUGGAGGUCACGAUGGGAAUCGUCAUUUGAAUGACACUUUUAUAUUUGAUUUGGUGAAUAAGGAAUGGUCCUGCCUCGUCACGGAUGGCAUUUUGCCAUCACCGAGGGAUUCCCAUGUCUCGGCAAUCCAUGGGAAUAGCAUGUAUAUUUUUGGAGGCAGCAGUGGAAGUGCCUUGAAUGAUUUACACGAACUCCAGCUGCCUACAAAAGAAUCAUCAGUGGCCAAAUGGCGCACCGUCGAAACAUGCAAAAGCAACCAACCUGGGUAUCGUUUUUGUCACGUUGGAGUGGUCCAUUCGGAUUCCUUCUUUGUCUUUGGAGGUUACGAUGGAUCCAAUCGCCUGCGCGACUUUAUCAAGUUUGAUAUUUCCGUCCAUGACUUGUCGUUUGACGUUCCGCCUUCCACAUUGAUUUCGGAAUUCCGUGCCAUGGUGGACGAUGAUUCCUUUUCGGAUGUGACUAUUCUGGUUGAAGGCACGCCCAUUUAUGCUCACAAACUCUUGCUCAUGCGAUCACCGUACUUUCGGGCUCUCUUUCUAGGAGAAAUGAAGGAAUCCACCAUGGCUACUGUGCGAAUUGAACAAGUUUCCCAUCCCAUCUUCUUGCAGGUCAUGGAGUACUUGUAUACAGAUCAAUUGAAGAUUCCUGUGGAAUCUGCAAUGGAACUCUUUGAGGCCGCAGAUCUCUUUUGCAUUCCCCGUCUGAAACAAAUGUGCGAACGACGCAUCCUCCAAUCUAUUUCGCCUCAAAAUGCAGCAUCCAUCUUCCAUGCGGCAGAUGUGCAUUCUGCCAUUGCACUGAGAGGAAAAGCCAAAAAGUAUAUCUUGUCACAUUUUGAAUCAGUGUCCAAGUCACCAAGCUUUGAGAAUAUGGGACGAAGCAACAUUGAUUUGGUCUUUGAAUUGCUUCAGAGUCGAUGA